GUCAAAAGUGGUUGUCGUGUGGUUUGUCGUCUGCCCCUCUUCGCAACGCAACGAAAAUGCUGUAAGGUGAAUAAUAAGGAGUCGUUUCUUUUGGGGGUUGUACAAAUCAAUAAACAUAAUUAACUGAGGAGUCUCCACAACUUCGAUUGUUAGCUCUUCCGACGACGGAAAUACUUCAUCGUGGAUAUUUGUUUUAUCUGUUGGCUUAAAAACUAAGAUUUAGUAAUCAUCGAUUCUGGUCAUUCGGUAGCGAACAACCAUGGCCACAGCUGUGCCACUAAGCGUGGUUGCAGCAAUUAUUGUCAUUCUAUGUGGAGUUGACCUAGCAAACGCUGCAAACUCCAACGAUGGUGGCAACUUAACGCUGGACACUGUACCGAACACCCACACAUAUAAUGCCGACGGAGAGUACGAUGAAGGGGGGUUUCCAUUGCCUUCGACGUGGGGGCUCGUUGACAGUUUCCUGCACACAAUUUCACCGGCACCCCCUCCCUAUGCUCUUGUCAACUCAGUCCUGGGUGGCGAAGCCGUCUCCGUAGAGCUUAUAACAAGCAGUUUCUCACAGUUAUCUGGUAACUUGAUGGGCUUUGUCAUCUGCUUUGCCCUUGGUGCUCUGUUCUGCAUCAUAUUCCCAAUCGUCUGCAGUUGCUUCUGCUGCUGCCGUUGCUGCUGCAAGAACUGUGGAGGGAAGAUGUACCAGAAAGAAGGAGACUACGAUCGCAUCAAGAGGGUGGUCUUUGGCUUCUUGCUUGUCCUCUGUGUGGGAUUCAUCGUUGGGGGAGUGUUUACAGCGUUCUGCGUCAACUCUUUUACGACCAAUACAGUGGAGACAUUGCCCACUGACGUGAUUAACAACAUCGAUGACAUGGUGGACUUCGUUAGCAACACUCUUGAGGAAAUCAACUUUAUAGUGUCAGACCAGCUGAACUACACUCUGGACCAGAUCACCACAGAUCUAACAAACAUAGAUCAGUUAGUUGGCGUUCCAGUACAGCAGGAUCUGGCCACCAACGUGCAACCUGCAAUUGAUGCCAUCUACCCCCUGGCUGAUUCCAUUACCGACACCCUCAAUGCCCUGAAUAGUGUGAAUACAACGCAGGCUGACGUGGAGACCAAGUGGUUGGAAGUGAAGGCAUUAGUGGAUCAGGCAUUAAUUGACAUCAAUGCUGCAUGUGGGACAUGUGGAUGUUGCUCUGGUGGUAGCUGGCCAGAUAUCACCGGUCUCAGCAUGCUUGCAGACUGGAGGGAUAUCGACUUGGUAAACGGAUGGGGAACGUUUCCACAAGAUAUCGUCGACACUUCAAUACAAGAGAUGAUCUCGAUCAAUAAUGCUAACCUCACCCAGGCUGCAGAUAUGGGAGCAUCUAGUUUCAACAGUCUGCCAGAAGUCUUGAAAAAUACCACAGAAUCAGAAAUUGACAAUAUUGUGAGUCUGAUUAAUGGACUUGGUGGGAGCAUUUCAGGUCUUUUGGACGGCAUCACUACACAAUUGUCUGGGGUUACUGAUCAAGUGGAUGGCAUUAAAGACACCAUCAAUGAUUUCGCACCUAUAAUCCAGGAGUAUGAUCCAUACAGGAGCUACGUACUGAUUGCCUUUUACAGCGUACUGCUAGUCAUCGGCCUGCUGUUCAUCUUUGGACUGUUGUUCGGUGUGUUUGGGUACAAUAAGGAAGCCUCACCAUCUCGUCGUGGAGGGUGUUCCCACUGCGGUGGCGUCUUUAUGAUGGCAGGUGUUGGGAUUGCCUUCAUCUUUCUGACUUUCUUCAUGGUGUUUACCAUGUUACUAUUUGUCAUUGGUGGACCGGUGGAUCGUCUCAUCUGUGACCCAAUCAUUUCUGGAGAGCUUUUCGCAGAGACAAUUGACAAGCCAGGAGCGUUGGGACCUGGGUACUUCCUUGGUAGCAUCAUUGGAAAUGAAAACAUUUCUCUGACCAUGACAGGUCUGCUUGAUGACUGUGAGAACGACAGAGCAGCAUUUGAAGCUUUCAAACUGGACUCUUUCCUAAACGUCACCGGCCUCCUGGACUACCAACAGUUCUUGCCGAACAUCAGCAAUGAUUUCAACGCGGUUGUUGGUGAUCUGACGAGCAUCAAUAUUUUGACUGCCGACACCCGGCAGAUUUUGAUCGACUUCAGAGACUCACCGGCUGACACCAUCGACUGGACACUCUUCAAGGACGAGCUUGCUAAAGACCUGACCAAUGAUGUCAACGACCCCAAUGAUCUCUCUGUGGUGGCAGCCCUUCUUAGUACAUUUGCAGGAACGCUGUCUGACGGUGAUAUAGCUACAUUCCAAGGCUUUGCUGAUGACCUUGAUGGCAUUCAGACCGACAAUAUUGCACCACUCCUGUCACAAAGGGAUGUUCUAUCGGGCGACAUUGCUACACUGGAGAGUGCUACCUCCCCCAUCGAUAUGCGUGUGAAUGACACCAUCGCUGCAGCUGACGUGGCUCAGAACUACCUGGACACUACUGCCACAAGUUUUGUCAUAUCGGAAAUUAAUAACUAUGAGGACAGGAUCUUGGGAUACCCAGACCAGUUUGUCACCUACGCCCUGCUUCAGAUCCAGACAGAGAUAGGUAAAUGUCGUCCUAUUUAUAACCUCUGGAGUUCCUCUAUCAAUAUCUUCUGUAGAGGCUUCUUGGAGUCUGUGAACGCCUUGUGGUUGAUCAUGGGAUGGUGUAUCUUCUUCUUGAUACCAGCCACCAUCUUUGGAGUCAAGUUGGCCAAGCACUACAGACGCAUGGAGUAUGACGACUCUGAAGGGAGUGACAUGGAAAUGAUGGUUCACAAUGGUGGAUCAACAAAGUUCCAAAACAAUAAAGUGGGACCUGAAUAUGCUUAAGGAACAGACAGUCAAAGAUGACUAAGAUCGAGCAGAGAUGGACUUGAUUUAUACCGGAAAGAAACAAUGGAAUCAUCUGCUGAAGUACACAGCGCUUAAAAUAUGGAGAAACGUCCUUUUCAAGUUGUUUGCAUGGCAGAAUUUUAAAGUUAAGUAUUUUUACUCACCGAGUUAAAAAAUGUUUAAAGCAGUAUUUGGAAUUUAAUUUUUAGUUUUGAGGAAUUGGAAAGUUGUGCCAUACUACAUUCCGUUAUUAACAGUGAAUUUUACUUGGGAGAGGGCGUUGCUUUUUAGUGGGGGUCCCAGGGACGAUGUUUUAUUGUUGGGGGGUUGUGUUGU